AUGCAUGAUAAGCAACAAAAGGAAAUCAAUAUUACAGUAUAUAUCAGUCAUAUAUUCCUUGUUGCAGAUACUAAUGAGUGUGCAUCUGGUCCAAGCAACCCUUGUACUCAUAUUUGUAAGAACAUCGGUGGUAGUCACAAAUGCUCUUGUCCUAAAGGAUACAUCGAAAAUGGGGAGAAGAAAGACGGUGGUUGUGUAAAGAUUCAUAAUUCAAGAUUUAUUUUGAGGCUCAGUUUAGGUUUGAGCAUUACAUCCUUGUUCAUCGUCGUUUUGGCGGGUUUGAUAUACUUUUUCAUCAAGAAAAGGGAACUAAUGAAAAUAAGGAAGAAAUUCUUUGAACAGAACGGAGGGAUAUUGUUGACACAACAACUUUCUCCAAAUGGAGAAACUAUGGACUCAUCUAAAAUAUUUUCUAUUGAGGAACUAAAAGAAGCGACAAAUAAUUAUAGCGAAGAUCGUAUUUUAGGAAAAGGUGGUUAUGGUAUUGUGUACAAGGGGAUUUUAAAGGAUGGUCGCCAACUAGCAAUAAAAAAGUCGAGAGUGGCUGAUAAAACUCAAGUUGAGCAAUUCAUAAACGAGGUUGUUAUUCUAACACAAAUCAACCAUCGCAAUGUGGUGAAACUCUUGGGAUGUUGUCUUGAAACCGAGGUUCCUAUGCUUGUAUACGAAUUCAUCUCCAAUGGCACACUAUUCGAACAUAUACACAGAAAUAAGGGUAUCACAUCAUGGCUAACAUGGGCUAAUUGCAUUAAGCUUGCUGCAGAGGCUGUUGAUGCACUUUCGUAUCUUCAUUCAGCCGCUUCAAUACCUAUAAUUCAUAGAGAUGUUAAAUCCACAAACAUAUUAUUAGACGAAACUUACACAGCUAAAAUAUCUGAUUUUGGCGCUUCAAGAUUGGUUCCGAUUGAUCAAACUCAGGUAACAACAUUAGUUCAAGGGACGUUGGGAUAUUUGGACCCGCAAUACUUCCAAACAAGCCAAUUGACAGAGAAGAGUGAUGUUUAUAGCUUCGGAGUUCUUCUUGCCGAACUAUUAACAAGGGAAAAGCCUCUAUCCAUUGAAAGGAAAACGGAAGAGAGAAAUCUAGCGAUAUACUUCCUCAUGUCAAUGGAAGAAGAUCGUUUGAUGGAUAUCCUUGAUCCUCAAUUGGUGAGGGAAGCUAGCGAAGAACGGCUAGUCACAAUGGGAAAAUUGGUUAAGAAAUGUCUAAACGUCCAUGGUGAAGAUAGACCUACGAUGAAGGAAGUGGGUCUUGAAUUAGAGGGAUUGAAGAAGCAAAAUAGGCAUCCUUGGGCUGAUGAGAACCACCAAGAGGAUACCAAUAACUUAAUGGAGCAAAAGGAUCUUUACCCGUUAUCCUCAAAUAUUAAUUAUAAUGGUAAUCCAAGCACAGGGGAAUUUGUGUCUGGACAGUACACAGUGCAGAUAGAUAUGAUUAACGAAAUGAACCAACCUCGUUAA